GUUGUGCAAGUCCUCCCUCAGCGAUCUUGGGAGUAUUCUUGAGCACUUGGAAAUAAAAGAAAAAUUGUGAAUCGAGGAUAAUUGGGUGUUCGUGUCCACUACCGUCAGCAUUUGCGUGUACUUGGAAUUGAUCGACGUGGGUAUAAAGGCGCUUCCAAUAAUGCAACGAGAAAACUUUAAACGUCAAGGCACUGGCAUCGACAUGCGGAUCAUCGUGCCCUGUCUCGCACUGCUGUCCCUCGUCCUUUUCGUCCGAGGGGACGACAAGGAUCCGCACGGACCUAUAAGGGAGAAGUGCAAGGACCAGUUCGGGCUGUCCAGUGAGGACCUCAAGGAGGCCAUGGAGGACCCCAACGACGUGGGAUGUUAUCUCCUGUGCUUCUUCAAGGAUCUGUCGAUUAUGGAUGACAGCGGGGAGUUUGAUCCCCUUGCAGCUAUGGAUGCUAUCGAGGAGAGUGCUAAGGAUGGUGCCAGGCCUGUCAUCUUCUCUUGUUACGAUCAAGAGAAAAAAUCGGCAACCAAAGACACUUGUGCUCGGGCAUUGGAGGUGGUUCUUUGUUUCAAGAAGGAAGCACCUGAACUCUACAAAAAUUUGGGACUAUUCCACCCACUGGGCCAAUAGCGCCGCUCAAUCGCCAACAUGGUCCUCACCACAUCAACAAUUCAAAACCCCCAGAAAUAGCUAAACAAAUAUGGUCAUCUAAAAUGAUGCCAUGAACGACGUAUUCUCACGCAAUAUCAAUAAAUAAAACAGCAAGAAAAAUAACCAA